AUGGCCAGCGGUAGGGCUCCAGGUCGUCAUCCCGCCGCUGGCCGGGAUGAUGACCUGCUGCAGCUGGAGGAGUCGACUCCCAUCUACAACACGGGACGGCCUCCGCCGGUAAACGACGAAAGCCUCUUGCGACAGUACAACAUUGACGACUCUGAAAACGCUCAGCCCCGUCCGUCCGUUUCUUAUGACAAUUUUGUCGGUGGGAGGGUGACACCACACGCCGGCGCCCAUGCGACAGGCUCCGCGCCUCCGGUGCAUGCCGGAGUGUACAUGAACGAUCCCUACUCCGGACAGGACGUAUCCCGUACGUACUCACAGACUUCCGGCUUGGACAAUUACCAGAGGUAUUCAAUGGAUGAGUAUGAAGGGGGACAUGGGUACUACGAUAUGACGGGCCAGGAUCCGAUGGAAGGGGAUUCACGCAUGCGUGAGCGCAACAGCAUACUGAGUAUGGGCGGCGGGCUCAUGGGCAGGGCGAAACACAUGUUGGGAAUGAAGCCUGAGUACUCUGAAAUGGACCUUCCCUUGACCGAAGCAGGGGCACGAGCUGCGCGAGCCGAUAGCACGGUUUCUGAAGAUGGCCCCCCGCAUGCGAAGAAAUCGAGCAAGCCAUCAUUCAAGUUUGGGUUUGGCCGUAGGACAGUCGACUCGUCUACCCUCGGUCCUCGUAUAAUCCAGUUAAACAACCCACCAGCCAACGCAGUGCACAAGUUUGUCGAUAACCACGUGUCCACGGCAAAGUACAACAUCGUCACAUUCCUUCCGAAAUUCUUAUACGAGCAGUUCUCCAAGUACGCCAACUUGUUCUUUUUGUUUACCGCGGUGCUGCAGCAGAUUCCAAAUGUUUCCCCGACGAAUCGAUAUACGACGAUUGGCCCGUUAGUGAUUGUAUUGUUGGUGUCUGCCAUCAAGGAAUUGGUUGAGGAUUAUAAACGAAGGUCAUCGGACAAGUCCUUGAACUACUCGAAGACCCAAGUUCUCAAAGGGUCCACAUUUCAUGAAACCAAAUGGGUUGAUGUUGCAGUGGGAGACAUUGUCCGCGUCGAGUCCGAACAGCCUUUCCCGGCCGACUUGGUUCUCUUGGCCUCUUCGGAACCAGAGGGUUUAUGUUAUAUUGAGACGGCUAACCUUGACGGCGAGACAAACCUCAAAAUCAAACAAGCUAUUCCGGAAACAUCGCACCUGGUCAGCCCGGCUGACCUCAGUCGGCUCAGCGGACGCAUUCGCUCCGAGCAACCAAACAGUAGUCUGUAUACGUACGAGGCGACUUUGACAAUGCAUGCUGGUGGAGGAGAAAGGGAGCUUCCGUUAGCGCCGGACCAGCUUAUGCUCCGAGGAGCUACGCUUCGAAACACGCCAUGGAUUCAUGGCGUUGUUGUUUUUACCGGCCACGAGACGAAACUGAUGCGAAAUGCCACUGCGACUCCGAUCAAGCGUACUGCAGUGGAGCGUAUGGUCAAUAUCCAGAUCUUGAUGUUGGUCAGCAUUCUUGUUGCAUUAAGUGUGGUCAGUUCGGUAGGCGACUUGAUCAUCCGCCAGACUGAAAAGGAUAAGCUUACCUACCUCGACUACGGCAGCACCAACCCUGGGAAGCAGUUCAUCAUGGACAUCUUCACGUACUGGGUGCUCUACUCGAAUCUGGUCCCUAUUUCGCUCUUUGUCACCAUCGAAAUUGUCAAAUACUCGCAAGCCUUUCUGAUCAAUUCCGACCUGGACAUCUACUACGACGUUACGGAUACCCCGGCUACAUGCAGAACAUCAUCGUUGGUUGAAGAACUAGGUCAAAUUGAAUAUAUCUUCUCGGACAAGACUGGUACUUUGACGUGCAACAUGAUGGAGUUCAAGGAGUGUACGAUAGGCGGCAUUCAGUACGGAGAGGAUGUGGCCGAAGACAGGCGGGCUACCGUUGAGGACGGAGUUGAGGUGGGCGUGCACGAUUUUAAAAAGCUGCGCCAGAACCUAGAGUCUCAUCCCACCAAAGAUGCGAUACAUCACUUCUUGACGCUUCUCGCUACUUGCCACACCGUCAUUCCCGAGCGAUCCGAAGCGGACCCCGAUAAAAUCAAAUAUCAAGCGGCAUCUCCAGACGAAGGAGCUCUUGUUGAAGGUGCUGCUCGGAUGGGUUACAAGUUUAGCAACAGAAAGCCUAGAUCUGUUAUUAUCACAGUGGCGGGACAGGAGUACGAGUAUGAGCUAUUGGCAGUUUGUGAAUUCAACUCCACAAGAAAGCGCAUGUCCACGAUCUUCCGUUGUCCCGAUGGGCGAAUCCGCAUCUACAUCAAGGGUGCUGAUACAGUUAUCCUCGAGCGUCUACACCAAGACAACCCUAUCGUUGAAGGGACACUGCAACAUCUUGAGGAAUAUGCGUCGGACGGUCUUCGGACCCUCUGUCUGGCCAUGCGCGAAAUUCCUGAGGAUGAAUUCCAGCAAUGGUAUCAGAUAUUUGACAAAGCCGCAACAACAGUCGGCGGUAACCGUGCAGAAGAGCUCGACAAAGCUGCCGAGCUUAUUGAGAAAGAUUUCUACCUUCUUGGUGCCACCGCCAAGGAGGACAGAUUGCAGGAUGGUGUGCCGGAUACUAUUCACACUCUGCAAACUGCCGGCAUCAAGAUCUGGGUCCUGACUGGUGACAGACAGGAGACUGCCAUCAACAUCGGCAUGUCCUGCAAGUUGAUCUCUGAGGACAUGACUCUUCUGAUUGUCAACGAAGACAGUGCUGAGGCGACCAGAGAUAACUUGACGAAGAAGCUCCAAGCUGUCCAGAGUCAGACUGAAGCCGAACAAAUGGCCCUUAUUAUAGACGGCAGGUCUUUGACGUUUGCACUAGAGAAGGACAUGGAAAAGCUGUUCCUUGACCUUGCGGUGCUGUGCAAGGCCGUUGUUUGCUGUUGCAGUCGUGUCUCGCCCCUUCAAAAAGCUCUUGUCGUCAAACUUGUCAAGCGUCAUCUCAAGUCGUUGCUUUUGGCUAUUGGCGAUGGUGCCAACGACGUGUCCAUGAUCCAAGCGGCUCACGUUGGUGUCGGUAUCAGCGGUGUAGAAGGUUUGCAGGCAGCAAGAUCUGCUGAUGUUUCUAUCGCUCAAUUUCGUUAUCUUCGCAAACUGCUUCUUGUGCAUGGUGCUUGGAGUUAUCAUCGAAUCAGUCGUGUCAUUCUGUACUCUUUCUACAAGAAUAUUGCGCUUUACAUGACGCAGUUUUGGUACUCCUUCCAAAAUGCAUUCUCUGGUGAAGUUAUCUACGAAUCAUGGACACUAUCAUUUUACAACGUUUUCUUCACAGUCCUUCCUCCAUUCGCCAUGGGUAUUUGCGAUCAAUUCAUCUCUGCUCGUCUCCUAGACCGGUAUCCCCAGCUAUAUCAGCUUGGGCAGAAGGGACUGUUCUUCAAGCGCCACAGCUUCUGGUCGUGGAUCGCCAAUGGAUUUUACCAUUCUCUGCUACUGUAUAUCGUCUCUCAACUGAUUUUCCUCUAUGAUCUCCCACAAGCCGACGGCAAGGUUGCCGGCCAUUGGGUCUGGGGCUCGGCGCUGUACACCGCCGUUCUGGCCACCGUUCUUGGAAAGGCGGCACUGAUCACCAAUAUCUGGACGAAAUACACGUUCAUCGCUAUUCCUGGCUCGAUGAUUAUUUGGCUCGCGUUUCUUCCGGCCUAUGGAUAUGCAGCACCGGCUAUUGGGUUCUCGGAAGAAUACUACGGCACUAUCCCCCGGCUUUUUACCUCCCCGAUCUUCUAUUUGAUGGCCAUUGUUCUUCCUUGCAUCUGUCUUCUCCGCGAUUACGCCUGGAAGUACGCCAAGCGCAUGUACUACCCUCAGCAUUACCACCACGUCCAAGAGAUCCAGAAAUACAACGUCCAGGAUUACCGGCCCCGCAUGGAACAGUUCCAAAAGGCAAUCCGGAAGGUGCGCCAGGUGCAGCGCAUGCGCAAGCAACGAGGUUACGCGUUCAGUCAGGCCGACGAGGGCGGACAGAUGCGUGUUGUCAAUGCUUAUGAUACCACGAGGGGAAGAGGGCGAUACGGAGAAAUGACCAGCUCGCGAAAUUUGGUUUGAUAUUUUUGUUUUCUUUUUGUUCAAGUGCAUUCGGUACUGCAUCUUUGU